GCUGUGCUAGGUGUCGUGCGCUAGCGGCUGACCCAGCACGGAGGUAUUUUACAUUUGGAUGCUAUUCUGUAACUUUAAUUAUAACUAUAAUUUUUAAAUAUCUUUACAGCGAAAGCCCUGCAAUUUGAAACACAGCAGGAAAUGGGAGACGUGGACGCUGGAGCCGCGGGGGAGCUCCGCGUGACAGCCGCCGAGCCCAUCGCGGACUCGAACACAGCAUCGAAAGAGCACGAGGAUGAUGUUGAGGACGAUGUUAACGAUGACAGCGGCACCGACGAGCUUUCAAACGACGACAAGCCGUGCACGCACUUACAGCGGGUCGCGCAGGGCGGGAGCGGAAGUCUCCCCGAUGUGUUCCAAACAAGCCACCUGGUUUUCUACGAGAGAUUCAAAGCCUACCAGGACUACAUGCUUGGUGAUUGUAAAAGCUCAGAGGUAAAGGCCUUUACGGUGGACUACCUGGAGAAGGCUGUGGAGCCCUCAGACUGGCGGGCCCUGUGGCACUCGGACGUAUUCGAUGUGUUGGUCCAAGUGGUGGAUGUGGACUACAAGGAGCUGCGGGCGAAGGUGGAGCUGGUGCUGCCGAUGCAGUGUGAGGCACGAGGGUGUGAGCUCACAGAGGAGUCCACCACGGCGCUACUGGACGCCACUCUGAACAGAGUUCCCCUUCAGGACCUGCUCGUGGUCUACGACGAGUCUGGAGACUUUGACCAAACUGCCCUGGCUCUCGAACACCUGAGGUUUUUCUACAAACACAUAUGGAGGAAGUGGGAUGAGGAAGAUGAGGAAGAUGAGUUUGAUUAUUUCGUACGCUGUGUGGAGCCUCGUCUGAGACUGUACUAUGAUGUCCUGGAGGACCGGGUGCCAGCGGGGCUGGUGGCGGAGUACCACUCCCUGCUGGAACGCUGCUCGGACACCUUCUGUGAGUUUUCCAGCCUCAGGAAUGGGCUGAGCAGCGACUCCGAGUCGGAGCUGGACAACGUGUCCAUGGUGGAGGGGCUGCAGAUGUAUGAGCACAUGGAGGGCUUAAAACGCAAGCUUCGCAUCAUUGAAAACCCACUACUCAGGUAUGUCCUGGGCUACAAGAUGAACUGUGGGCAGCACAUGUGCAGUACUAAGGGUGAACGCCCUAGUGGGCUCAGGGUGGUGCACAUAGUCUCCGCCUCCACGAGUGUGCAUGUGCUCCACAGCCUCAUGACCGAGAAGCUCCUCCCACUCUAUUCCAGUAAGGAGUUUGAGGUGCAGUUUCACUGUGAUCCUGCAGUGGCGAUCAGUGGCUGCUAUGAAGGGGAUGUUGUCAUCCUGUGUCCAGGUCACUAUACGGUCACCAGCUCCAUCACUAUGGCGGACUCCAUCCUGGUGGAAGGCUACGGGCUGCCUGAUGAGGUUGUUAUAGAGAAGAGAAAUAAAGGAGACACGUUUGUGGAGUCAACAGGUGACGUUGUCAAGAUCUCCAACCUGAAGUUCAUCCAGCAUGACGCUAUUGAAGGGAUCCUGUGUGUGCGUCAGGGUAAGUUAGAAAUGGAGAACUGUGUGUUCCAGUGUGAGACGACUGGUGUUAUCGUGCGCACGGCGGCCCAACUGCUCAUGAACAUGUGUGACCUGUACGGUUCUAAGGGGGCUGGCGUGGAGAUCUACCCCGGGAGUGUGUGCAGUCUCACAGGCAACGGUAUUCACCACUGUCAGGACGGAGUGCUGAUUAAGGACUUUGCUGAUGAGAUGGAUGUCCUGCCUAAGAUCACCAUGGUGAAUAACGUGAUCCACAACAACUCGGGCUAUGGUGUCAUCCUGGUGAAGCCAGAUGGUGGCGUCGUGGAGCAGCAGCCUACCGUGGCCGAGAGCCCAGCUGAUGCGGAAGGCCGGGCGGAGCAGGACCAAACCUGUGGCGGGUCUGUGAAUGGAGAAGGCGGAGCUGUGAAGGAGGAGGUGGGGACUAAGAGUGACCUGCCCAUCAUAGUUGAGGAGGCGGGCCCAGUGGAGGGGGCUGUGUCAUCAGAAUUCACAGAAGGAAAUGAUGUCCUCAAGCGAGAGCUUGUGGCCACGUCUGUGAGGAAGCAGCAUCUUCAGAGGAGGCGUGUGAUGGAGCUGAGGGCCAUGCAAGUCGAUGAGGAUCUGCUCUCCCAGGAGAUGUUUGUCUCCAUUCACGGAAACCAGUUCCGGCGUAAUGGAAAGGGAAGUUUUGGCACCUUUCUUUACUAAUGGCUCUGCCAGCCUUUUGGCAAGCAGGCACAGACACACUUUACCAACACAUCUAUUUAUUCUUAUCUCUUAAAUCUGGCACUAAUGACAAAUUCUAUAGCCAGUUUUUAUACAUGGUCUAUAUAAACACAAUAAUAUUAUAAUGAGCUUUUGUUUUGUUUUUGGGUAAGGCUCAUUCCACUACACUUGGGCAUCACUGUAGUGUUGUUGGGUUUUCAGUUCUUCACCUUUAGUGAGACACGUACGUGUUUAAUUGCUGUUGAUUAAAUUUCAUUGGAUUAAAGGUUUUGUAAAACCUCAUUACACUGCAAGCAGUUUGAUUAAUUCUAACAGUAUAUUCAGUGUGUCCUACAAGAAAGAAGGAAAAAGCAUGUUUUGUUUUUUCCUCUCUGCUCUCUUCUUUUUCUACCUGGUAAGAGACCAGACAGGUUCCCAGAGGCAAUGGUCAAAUUAGCUGUUAUCUCUGCAGAGAAAAGCCACUGCUGGAGUUGAAUGCACUGCCACAGGGUUUAAAUGGUUUAGAGAGAAGGGUGGCUUGCUGGACCUGCAAAUCCCCCUAUAGAAAAGCUGUGUGUCCUCCCACUGAGCAAAGUGCUACAGUAGCUGAGAAGAUGGAGGAGUGUGUGUGUGUGAUAGAGGGAGAGCGCGCGGGUGGAGGUUAGGGGGUGGGGGUGUGAGAGCAGGUGGAAGUGCUGCCUAUAACAGGCCCUGACAGGCCUUGUGUUGAGUGGCAUUAGUGUAAGGUGAAAAAAUUCAAAAGUAGCUGCAUUUUGUUAAAAUAAGGAUGUGUUUAAGGUGGCUUAUUGGAGUACCACGUACUGGACUCUCCCUGUGCGUCUGCUCUCUCCCCUCAGUGCGUUUACCCAAGCUUGUGUUUUAACAUGUUGUAUUUCAUAUUCAGACUUGUGUCUGUGUAAAAGGGAAAUCAUGAUUUUCUGAGAUGAUUAAUAAAUGCAAAGGUUUUACAGACUGA